AUGGCUGAUGAAUCCCAUGACGCUGACAAUGUGUCAGUAAGGUCUGGUCGCACAGUCUGUUAUGUCGCUGCCCUGGAUCCUACUCUACGAACUCCUUCCCCUGAACCAUUUGUCGAGGAUGCCGAAGAUGAGAACGAGUUCGAUCCAGCAUUUCAUUUGUUGCUCGAGCAGUCCAAGAGCCUGAAAGAAAUCUUCCAGAAACGGUCGCUCGAAUAUGGUCAGCUUAAGUACGAGCUGCGCCGCGCAAGGGAUAUCUACGACCAUCUGUAUCGUAUCGACUUUAACGUUUCAAGCACAAUACUUGCUACUGAAGAGAUUCUGGAAGUCUCGAAUUUCACUUUUCGCGAUCUUGAUAGCCACCUUUCAAGGCAGAAGCGUCAACAGAAAGAGUUCUUCGGUUCUCGCGUCACACGCGUCAGAGCUACCUUCGAACAGCUCGAAAGGCUUGCUGAGGAUAACGAAGUCUUGCUUGAAAAACUUCGAGUCCUCCAUUAUCCUGUCGAAGAAUUUCAACACAUCGCACGUCGCGACAGACUCAUGCGAUCUCAAAACAAUUUUGACUUCGUGAUCAAAGAACUCUGUGAGGAACUUUCGGCUUUCUUGUCCUCGAGAUCAGCAAUCACCUACUCAGAGUGA